AUGAGCUCCACGAUCGAGGGCCGUGAUGACUGGGCCCGAGAGGACGACCUCGACUUGGGACAGGACCCGAACCAGGACGAACUGCAACUGCAUCCGGCGGCAGCAACCAGCAGCAACAGCAACGGCGUUAUUAAGAGUGGGAACUCUUCGGAGGAAUUGAAAGAUGGGUCAAUUGCGUAUAUAGAGGAGGAUAUACAGGAUCCGGCUGCGCAGAAUCAUGUCUCGAGAACGGAACUCGACUCGCCCUCGCCGCUGCAGUCGCCGAUCAAGUCCCCUCGUCCUGAGCUGAUAGGCUCCGACGGUGUCGACGAUGUUGCUUCCAACCCGGACGAUACGCCGUCCCUGCAUGGAUCAAUCCGGUCGUCGCCGAGUAGUAGUACACUGGCAUUUCGUGGCUCUUCUCCUCUUCCCAGCCCUAGCCCGUCGCAUCGUCCAUUUGACCUUCGGUUCCAGUCGAGGUUGUCAGCUUCAUCUCUCGGCAGCAUCCGGCCGUCGUCGCCGUUUCUUGCACAAGUCCGCUCGCGAAAGUCGUCACUCACGAGCCGCUUAUCCCCGGCCACCAUUGAGUCUGACCAGGAGGGGCGUCAGGACCCUUGGGAAGUUGUACGCUGGACGAAGCUGAGAAAAAUCACGGGCCAGGCAUUUUCAGAGGUCGGCAAACGAAAUUUCGGCUCCCCUACGUGUAUAGUGGUUUCUACGUCUAUCGUUAUUGGGACUUCAAGAGGAAUUGUUUUGGUAUUUGAUUAUCAGCAGAACUUGAAGGCUGUCAUUGGGCACGGGACGAAAGCUGUUGAAUGUGGAUCAGUUCAGUCGCUGGCUCUUUCUGCAGAUCAUUCGACUGUUGCUGCAGGUCACGUCUCGGGUGAUAUAUUCACAUGGGAGAUAUCAAGGCCAGCGCGGCCUUUUCUUACCAUUCCUCCUAUACCUGUAAAUCAGGUUGAGACGCGAACUUCUGAUGGCCAUAUAUCUGGGUCGCCGGUCAUACACUUGGGAUUUCUGGGAACCAGGCGCACUGCGCUCGUGUCUGCGGACAAGCGAGGAAUGGCCUUUUCCCAUUUAGCGACACGCGGUAUGGGUGCUAUGGGCCGUACGGUGAAGACAACUCGAGUUCUAGGCCGCUACCCUCAGCUGACGUCGGAGAACGCUAAGCCGCGGAAGCCGAGUUCUGUGCUUGCGUUCUCGCCUCUUCCCCUUGGGAAUGUCGAACAGUCCACAGACUCUCUUGGCUUAGUUGCCAUGCUUACCCCGUAUUUGCUGGUGAUCGUCUCUACAACGCCUGUGGCACAGACCCAACACAAAUCACCUCGUCCGAAAGAGGUCGCCGCUCAUGGCGCAAUGACAGGCGCUCUUGCCUGGUUUCCGGCAAUUAGACUGAAGGGAAGCGAUUCGCAGAUAUCCAGGACUAAACUCGUGUACUGCUGGUCAAACUUACUAACAAUACUGGAUGUGCUGGAGGUGGAAUCAGAUGAUUCAUCAAGAGAUCGCCCUCCGAGCUUAGAAUUCCGGCCCCGAAGCAGAUGGAGAGCAGACGAGGCUAUCGUGGCCGUACAAUGGUUGAGUCGCUCGGUGUUGGCCGUUCUGACUAUCACACAGCAAAUGCUAAUUCUAGAGGACCACACGAUGCGCGUGACUAAUGCUGUUGAUUUGUUGAACCGACAUAUUUACCAUGUGGACCUGUUUUCUGCUCAACUUCACUCAUUAAUUGAGCAAUUUAAUGAAGAGGAUACUUCCAUGCAUGGUGUUGUGGCCGACGCCUUCUAUAUGAGCUUCCGAUCCUACAAGGGUCGGUUGUUUAUGCUCGGCUUUAACGAAUUAUUGAUCGGCAAUCUAUCAAAUUGGGCAGAUCGGCUGCUUGCUAUCAUGGAAGCCGGUGAUUUCAUUGGGGCUAUUCGUCAAGCAACAGCCUAUUAUAGCGGAAACUCAGAAAAAUUGACUGUUGGUCUUCCCGACGAAGACGCUCUGAGGCAACCCAUUGUGCGUGAAAGGCUCCUGGAGAUGAUAACUGCAUCUUUGAAGUAUGCUUUUGGGCGGAACGCAGAAGCCACUAAUGACCGGCUCGAGCGCCAGCAGCUGGAAGAGCUAGCUCAGGUCUCUAUUUCAGCCUGUGUAUGUAUGGCGGACGAAGACUUCCUAUGGGAUGAAGUCUUUAACUGGUACGAAGAGCAUGGAUCCGAAGGAGUCUUCCUUGAUGCGCUGGAACCAUUUAUUGUUGAAGGGACAGUGGUAGCUUUACCACCGACUGCCGUCAAAGCCCUGAUAAACCACUUCGUCGUCACCCAUACCGCUAGUCAACUGGAAGAGAUACUCUGUUUGCUUGACACUAGCACGAUGGAUAUUGACCAAGUCACAACAUUGUGCAAGCAACACAACCUCUAUGAUGCAUUUAUAUACGUUUGGAACCGAUGUUUGGGGGAUUACGUAGGGCCCUUGGAAGAGCUGAUCAAAUUGAUCCCUUUUCAACAGUCCAUAGCCAAUGGGGAUUCCGUCUACGAGCCCAAGGAUUUUACGAACGCGAUGAAAAUCUUCCCAUAUCUCUCUUUCAUUCUCACGUCACGCUCAUAUCCGACAGGGAGCGAUAUGGAUGACACCGAAGCGUCACGAGCAAAGGCAGCCUUGUACGACUAUUUGUUCUCUGGGACUCGUGGAUCCAUCUCUCCUCUGGAAGUUCUGCUGAAGUUUGACACGUCUAGCUUCAUGAGCAUGCUAAACGAAGCGUUCGAAGAUAGCUUUCUCAAUGAGCAAGAUCCGGACGAGGUUCCUCAGCAACGGCUGUCUUUCAACCGACAGUAUUUGAUUAGCAUCUUGCUCCAAACCAUGACAUCAGGCUCUUUCCCUGCGUCCGAUUCUAUAUAUCUGGAUAUGUUCAUCGCUCGCAAUCUUCCUAAAUACCCGCAAUACAUCCUCCUUUCCGGGAGCACUCUCCAUCAAGUCCUCGAGCGGUUGUGCCAAUAUCCAACUGAGGAGAUGGCGGAGGAUUGCGAACUGAGCGCCGAAUACCUAUUAUCCAUCUACCACCCGCCAGAUAUUCAAGAGAUGAUCCCGCUAUUUCGGGAGGCGCACUUCUACAGGAUUCUCAAGUCAACGUAUCGCACCGAGAAGCAAUUCCCGGAGCUGAUACUCACGUACCUGGAAGAUCCAAGUGAGCGAGAAAGAAUCUUUACUUGUCUUCAGGACUGCCUCCGUCCUGGGUCUAACUUGAGUAAGAAGCAAAGACGGGCUGUUGUCGGUGUGACUGAAGCCCGUGCCCAUGAUAUUGCGGCCAUAGAUGUUCGCAUGGCCGCGCAGACGAUGCGUGAUUUCGCUCCAGAGACACAUGGGACGUUUAUUAAAGCUCUUCAAGACAAUGACUAUGACCAAUACCAAUAUCUAGGUGUCAUUGUUGAGCAUAAAGUGCAACCUGCGUUGGAUAACCGCAAUUCCCGGUCUAUUGAGAAUUGGAUGGUCGAACGUUACGUUCAGCUACUCUGCAAGCAUGAUCCUGCGAAGGUAGCCGACUUUGUGGAUACCCUCCGAGAAGGGGACAUUAAGCUUGAAGAGUUACUCCCGUCCAUGGAGGAGUGCGGAGCGGUGGAUGCCGCUGUGAUACUCUUGGCCAGACAAGGGCAAAUACGUGCCGCGAUGGACCGUCUUAUUGCACACCUGAAGACCCUAGAGUCAGGGCUGGUGGGUAUCCUACAGAGCGUCCAGGAAACGCCCAAUUCGGCCACCACAGCGCAAGCAAUUGAAGAUCUAAUGGAAUCUCUGAACAAGUAUGCGAAAGUUGGAACGUGGCUGUGCCAAGGCCAGAGCAGGACGGCCAAAAAUUCGCUUCUCGACCGGAAUGGUGGGGGCAAAAACGGCUUGCAGCAACCUCUUUCGUUUGACGAGGAGCUCUGGCUCGAUUUGCUCGAGGGUAUUGUGCGCAUCGCAAGUAGUGUCUUUGGACAGAUCAAUGGCGGGCUCGCGAAUCAGGUAAAGACGGCAGAGAAGUCGACAUCUUCGUUCGGGGCGAAUGCUUCCCAGCUCGUGUCGUCGUUUCGCACCCUGGUACAAGACGUCUUCACUAUCCUACUUUCGAGUACGGUCCGUACUAGCGGAUCAGGCCCGGCGACGGGUGAACGCAAUGAUGUUGCAUUUCUUCGUAUCCUUCGUGCUUUCCUAACUAGAGCAGCGCGGUGGUCUCCAUCCCUGCUCGAACUGCGAGCCGUUCUUGCAUCGGUGUUCUCCGCCUACACUUAUGAAAAGUCGCUCUUAUCACUCGCGAACGGAAUGCUGGACCGUGAUCUAUUCGUGCAUGUCGAUGAGGUGACCCGACUACGGCAGAGGGGAUGGCGCCCGCGUGGCCAAGUCUGCGAAAUCUGCCGCCAGCGCAUCUGGGGCCCUGGAGUCGGCCCCCAACAUUGGCAUGCAUGGGAAAAACGGCAAAAUGAGCUAAAACAGCACCGCCUCGCCCGGCAACUAGAAGAACGGGUCGACCCUGCGACUGCGAGAGGGAAAGGCAAAGCCGUAGCAUCCCCUACUGAUCCGCCGCUGCACCAUCUGGACCGGCACAUGGGCGCGGGCACGAGCGAAGAAGCGGCGAUGAAAUUCCAUGAAGACGAGGGUGUGACUCUAGGGGCCGUGGUGGUGUUCUCAUGUCGGCACCUCUAUCAUCGCCAGUGUCUGGUGGAUAUUGGGCAGUCACGGCCGACUCGGCAGCGACAGCAUGACGGGGAGUGGGAGAUGUUGGUGUGUCCGGUUUGUCCUGUACAUAGCGAAUGAGCAUGAGCGAUCUGCAUUUUAUGUUACAUUAGUAUAGUUCAUAU